AUGGUAGGAGUGGACAUUGAGUACAGCAAGAGCAAAAGGGCUGUCUUUUCCGUCUGGCGGGCGAAGGGGCAGACCUCGGGAGCUGAUCGAUUCUGGGUCGUUGAACCCACGGUCACAAACCAAGUGUUCCGCAAUGAUGACGGCAACCCCAAUACGGACAAAACCCUCGGCCUACGACUGCACCUGGGGGAUUUUGCAGAUGAAGAGACGUGCCGACAUUUCAAGGACUUGGAUCGAGACAUUUUUGUGUCGUGCGACGAGAUGUAUCGAUAUCUGGUAGAGGCGGAAGCUUUUGUGAAAAUUGCCGAAUCCACAGAGCAGGAACCAAGCACGCCCUUGAAAAAGCGCCGGCGAACGCAGACCCCCGAAGAGCAGCUUGACGACAGAGACGAAGACGCCUACGCUAAGGCUGAAGAACGUGUUUCCAAGCGACGAGACAUGGAGGAUGAAUCCUUCAAGGGGAGCUCUUCCGAAUAG